UGACCAUCUUUCCACCAUAGAAAAGGACACUAAUGGAGAAGUUCUGUGGGUGUGGUGUUAUCCUUCCACGACAGCCUCCUUAAGGAAUCUGCUGCUCCGAAAAUGCUGCCUAACAGAUGAAAACAAACUUCUCCAUCCCUUUGUCUUUGGUCAGUACAGAAGAACAUGGUUUUAUAUCACUACAGCUGAAGUUCCAGAUUCUUCAGUUUUGAACAAGAUUGAUACUCCAAACAAGGACCAUGCAUGGAGAUAAUCUAGAAUCCCUGCUCAGAUGUAGCCCAUGGCAGCUCUGUAUUCAAGUGACUCAUUUUUCUAUUGUUCUGACCGCCAAAGAUUUUAACCCAGAGAAAUAUGCCGCCUUCACUAGGAUAUUGUGUAGAAUAUAUCUGAAAUAUGGAAGCCCGGUUAAAAUGAUGGAGAGUUACAUUGCAGUUCUCACCAAGGGGAUCUGCCACAGUGAAGAAAAUGGCUCUUUCCUUAGCAGAGACUUUGAUGGUCGAAAGGCAUACCUUGCAGGCUCUAUCAAAGAUAUUGUAUCUCAAUUUGGAAUGGAAACUGUUAUCUUACACACAGCAUUGAUGCUGAGAAAACGAAUUGUUGUCUAUCACCCCAAAAUAGAAGCUGUCCAGGAGUUUACCAGGACCCUGCCUGCCCUGGUGUGGCAUCGGCAGGAUUGGACCAUCCUACAUUCUUAUGUGCACCUCCAUGCUGAAGAACUAGAAGGCCUGCAGAUGUGCACAGGCUACAUUGCUGGCUUUGUAGAACUGGAAGUGAGCAACAGACCAGACCUCUAUGAUGUGUUUGUGAAUCUGGCUGAUAGUGAGAUCACCAUCGCUCCACUUGCAAAAGAGGCCAUGACGAUGGGCAAACUGCAUAAAGAAAUUGGUCAGCUCAUUGUGCAGUCUGCAGAAGACCCAGAGAAAUCAGACAGCCAGGUUAUACAGGACAUUGCCCAAAAAACAAAAGAAAUCUUCACCAACCUGGCACCAUUUUCAGAAGUGUCAGAUGAUGGGGGAAAGAUCAUUCUCAAUGUUGAGGCACUGAAGCAAAAGCGGUUCCCACCUGCGACAGAGAACUUCCUUUAUCAUUUAGCAGCAGCUGAACAGAUGUUGAAGGUCUGACUGUCUAGUGUCUUGCUUAGCCUCUAAAGAACUUCCCUUUUAUUCCUAGUACCCAUUGACCUUAUACAGUAUUGGAAUUACAGAGGAACAUUCUAUUUUUAAUGUUUUAAGAUCUGACCUGAGAAAGACAGUGCUGGACAGUCCUAAUGGUGGGAGCCAUAUAGAUCAGCACAUGAAAGCCAUCAUUGUUCAUCCCCAUUUGUCUUGUUGUAGCCAUAAACUUAAUGGUUUACUUUCAGAAAGCUGCCUCAAAGUUCACUUUGUAUUCUUUUAGGAAAAAACUUGAAUUCCUUAUUUUACUUUCUGAGUCUAACUACUAUGUUUUCUGCAGAAUUGUCUAGAAGGUUGCCCAAGAGAUAAUGCAGUUGUACUUUCUUGUGAAAGAAAAUGUUGGGGGGGGGGCUUUGAAAUUUUGCCUAUAUUAUGAAGGUUUUUCAUAGGUUUUAUACUUGAGUAGACAACUCCAACAACCUUUAUAACUGCCCUAGAUGUAAGCAUUUGUCAAACAUCAGCCAUUAGUACUCUUGGACUAACUGCUGCUAGCAGUCUUUGGAAAAGAGAUAGAAGCAGCUCCCUUUAAGGGUAAACAUGCAUAAGAAACAAUACCUUGGUUGUUUUUGUUUGCAGUGCUGGAGUUAGAACCUGCAGCCUUGAAUAUGCCAGGCAAGUGCUUUCUCAUCAAGCUAAACCCCCAACCCAAUAAUGCUUUCAUAUAUUGGUAAAGGAACAUGAGAAUCAAAUUGCAGAUGCCAAAACUAGACAGGGUCUUAAAGUGAUGUCAGUAAAAGUGAUUUGGCUACAUCAUCAAGGACUCUGUUAUUAGACAUUCCUGAGAUCUUAAAAUUGCCAAACAAGCACAAAUGUCUAAACUUUAAUUAUGAUAGGCCACAGUAGAAUUGAGAACAUUCAAAUUUUACCAGGACACAUGUUUGCAAAAACUUUAUCUAAGUUGGGUAUUUUUUAAAACCUUAUUGUUAGACGUUUAAGUAAAAAUAAAAAAAUAGCAUUUCCAUUUUGUCCUUGGGUGUGAACAGGGAGGACCUGAAAGAAAUUGUUUACUGUAGCUAACAAUUGAAGAUUAAAUUUGCACUUUAUGAAAGUAA